CUCCUACACAUGAGCCUGGGCCCGGGCAAGCACCUGCGGUCCGCACCGCCGCUGAUGGGCGGCGCCGUCAAGCCCGACGAGUUCGACUACUUCCACGACCUCAUCGUGUCGCAGGAGAUGACGCGGGCCGCUGCCAGAGGCUUCCAGGACGGCAACAUGGCCGGCAUGAAAAUCGGUCUGACGGUCGUGCUGAACUUUGCCAACGACGAGGCCUUCAAGAAGAGGAUCGCCGACGAGUGCUUCAGCGGCAAGAAGAAGAUCUGCCUGGCCAUUACCGAGGCUUUUGCCGGCAGCGACGUCGCCCGCCUCCGCACCGUGGCCAAGAAGACGCCUGACGGCAAGCACUACAUCGUCAACGGCACCAAGAAGUGGAUCACCAACGGUGUAUUCUGCGAUUACUUUGUCACGGGUGUCCAGACCGACAAGGGGCUGUCUGUGCUGCUCAUCCCUCGGGGCGAGGGCGUCGAGACCAAGCUCAUCAAGACGAGCUACUCGACGGCUGCCGGCACAACCUUCAUCACGUUUGACAACGUCAAGGUGCCUGUUGAGAACCUUCUGGGCAAGGAGAACCAGGGUAUCUACGUCAUUCUCAGCAACUUCAACCACGAGCGUUGGACCAUGUCUUGUGCCGUUGUUCGUUACUCUCGGAUCAUCAUUGAAGAGAGUCUGAAGUGGGCCCACCAGAGAAUUGUCUUUGGCAAGAGACUGAUCGACCAGCCUGUCAUCCGUCUGAAGCUCGCCAAGAUGAUCGCCCUCGUCGAGGCCCACCAGUCCUGGCUCGAGACGGUCACAUACCAGAUGUGCAACAUGCCUUACUCGGAGCAGGCCAAGCACCUCGGCGGGCCCAUCGGGCUGCUCAAGAUGAGCUGCACGAGGAUGGCACACGAGAUCGCAGACGAGGCCGUGCAGAUCUGGGGUGGCCGGGGUCUGACACAGUCUGGCAUGGGCCGCGUGAUUGAGAACUUCAACAGGGGGUACAAGUUUGAUGCUAUCCUGGGCGGUGCUGAGGAGGUUCUGGGUGAUCUUGGUGUAAGGCAGGCCAUGAAGUUCAUGCCCAAGGAGAAGCUAUAGGGGACUAGCCGUGGCAGAGGUAAGAGGAGGGGGAGGUGGGUGUACAUGUUCGGUGUACAAUAUUUUAGAACGUAGAUGAAAUGAAUCGGAGGAUACUUUUAAUACACAAAGUCGGCACAAUUUCCAGGCCGUCUAC